AUGAUUGUUUCAAAACUACUACUUUUGAUUUCUAUUGUAACAACGAUUUCUGCUCAAUAUGGUGGCUUGUACCCCGGAAUGUACGGUGGACUUGGAUACGGUGGUUACGGAGGAUACGGUAGUUAUGGAGGACUUGGGAUGUAUGGAGGAGGAUUAGGAAUGGGAGGACUUGGACUUGGAGGACUCGGAGGAAUGGGAAUGUACAGUCCAUAUGGUUAUGGAAAUUACUGGUGCAAUAACUACGGAUUGUAUGGGAAGAAGAAAAAGCGAUAG